AUGUGUGUGAAAACGUCCUCCUCCAGCCUCGGAGGGGGUGUCUCCCCCAAUACCAGCUCCCUCCCCCAGGGCUCGUGGGGCGGGUCCGGUUUGCUCAGUAGCAGCAGCAGCCCUGAGGCCGAGCGGCGGUGGCCUCCUGGCAGCGCUGGCAAGAGGCAGCUCCGAGCGCCCGGGCCCUGGGGAGAUCCAGUCCGGUCGGCUGCCAGGAUGGAGGAGACGUCGAGUGGAGCCGGAGCCACCGGGGACGGACUUCCUCCCCAGCUCGGCUCCCCGACAGCCUGGCGAGGCCUGCACGCAGGGCCAGCCAGUGGAAGAGGCCUGCGCCUCGGGUCUGGCAGCCGCAGCCGAGGAACGAGGCUGGCACAGCAGGGUAACGCGCGAGCCGGGGCCGUUCCGGAGAACCUACGGCGCCACGGCCGCUCAUUGUCUCUCCCCUUCAACCCGGGGGCAAACAGGAAGCCCGCCGCCAGGCCGAGCGACCGACAGGCGUCCGGACCAAUGAACAGAGCUGACGGAGAGCCUAGCGGCAAAUGAGCGCCGGGAAGAGGGGCGGAACUUCCGGGCGGGCUGUCGCCCUCUUCCCCCCUUUUGGGCUGGAGGCUCCACCUUUUGUGUUUCCCGCACAG